AUGGCGAUAUUGCCAUUGGGGUUGCAUGGAGAAUCGAACUGCCGCAGGCCACCCUGCCUCAAGUACCAGCUCCCUCACGAGGACCUCGACGCACUCGUCUCCGUCACCUCCGACGAGGACAUCGAGAACAUGUUCGACGAGUACGAUCGCCUCGCUCUCGCCGGCGUACAGGCCCCCCGCCUCCGCCUCUUCCAUUUUCCCCCUCCCACCGCCGCCUUCGACUCCGUUGUCGACGUCCCGGGCUUCAUUCAUGACCAUUGGUUCGUUGAUGCCCUGAAAUGCCGAGGAGACGGCGCGGCCUCCGGCUCGCCGUCCCUCGAGCGCGACCGUUCCGAGGCAUCCUCCACUGUCUCCGAGGUUCCCGAUAACCUCUUCGGCGUCGACGCCAACUCGGGCGACACCCCGCCCAUUGAACCUAAGGUCGAACCGGUCUCUCAGCCAUCGGUUCCCCCCGUCCUCGAUCUCCCACCGGUCAAAACCAAGAUGGACGUGGAGCAAGCCCAGAGCAUCACGAUCGAACCGAUCGCGCAACACAAGGCAGAACUGCCGUCCCCGGUCCAAGGCGCUCCGGUUUACAUGGGUGGCCCUCCAAUGUUACCAGGGGCCAGCGUGGGUGGUGGAUACGAGCAUCCGGCGGGGGUGGGGGCGGAGCCGUACGAGGCACCGGCGCGCAGCGUGCUGAUUCCGGUAAAUCAAGCCAUUGGGGUACCUCUCGCCGGAGGAGCGGAACCGGCGGCGGAGAAUCCAGAGAGGUGGUCUGGAAGAGCGCCACAGUGA